AUGUCGACGUACGCGGUACCACGUAAGUUAUGGGAGCAUCCCAAUCCCGAGUCGUCGAACCUGGGCCAGUUUCGACGUCGGCUAGAGCGCAAGACAGGGUUGAAGUUUCCAACCUUCCUCUCGCUCUACGACUACUCUGUCAAUAGCCGCGCUGCAUUCUGGGAAUUCUGCUGGCACGACCUCAACCCUAUCCACUCGGGUACCUACACAAGCGUCGUCGAUGAGACGGCACGCAUGGACAGCAUCCCGGAAUGGUUCGCGGGCACGUACAUGAAUUUCGCAGAGAACAUGCUUUUCACUUGUUCCGGAUCAUCCGGAGUGUCCACGGCUGGCAAAGAAGAUAGUAAAGAUGCAGUGACCGAGGUUCGGGAAGGUGGUGCGGAGGGGACACGGAAUAUUACGUUUGGGGAACUCAGGAGGAGGGUUGGAAAGUUAUCCCAGGCUAUGAAAGCUGCGGGUGUGAAAAAGGGCGAUCGGGUGGCGGUUGUUGCAAGCAAUAGUAUCGAUACUCUUGUUGUAUUUUUAGCUGUGACUGCGCUGGGAGGCCUAUUUUCGUCGAGCUCGACCGACAUGGGUGCCAAGGGGAUUCUGGAUCGCUUGCUCCAGAUCAAACCCCAGUGGCUGUUCAUGGACGAUUGGACAGUGUAUGAUGGGAAAACAAUCGAUUUGAGAUCGAAGAUGAAUGCCAUUGUUCGUGGGAUGGAAGGUGUGGUGGAGUUUCAAGGCAUCGUAUCACAGCCUCGAUUCCAAGAUUGUCCCGCCGAUGUGAACAUGGUGCCCAGAGCGCAAACCUUGGCAACUUUCUUGGCCAAAGCAAAGGGCGAUAAGCUAGAGUUUGUGAGAGUUAAGUUUUCGGAUCCGUUCUUGGUCGUUUAUUCCUCAGGAACGACUGGAACGCCAAAAUGCAUUGUGCAUUCUGUUGGAGGCAUUGUCUUGAGCGGGUUAAAGGAAGGUAUACUGCAUCGAGAAAUGAAUUCGACUUCGGUGGCUCUACAAUACACCACAACAGGAUGGAUAAUGUAUCUCAGUGGGUUGCAGCCAUUGAUGCAUGGAUGCAGAGUAGUCCUGUACGACGGCAGCCCCUUUUUACCAGAUGCCACUUCCUUCAUCAAAUUGGCGGGAGAGCAGAAGGUAACCCACCUGGGCACCUCCCCACGCUAUAUGUACGAAUUGCAAAGGAACGGCAUUCAUCCUCGAGAGGUCACUGAUCUUAGCAAUCUGGAGGUAUUGACAAGCACUGGGAUGGUGCUUUCCGACGCUCUUUUCGAGUGGUUUUAUGACAAAGGGUUCCCACCCAACGUGCAGCUUUCAAAUAUUUCUGGCGGUACAGAUAUUGCAGGCACAUUUGGAACUUCAAACGCUUUGACGCCGUUGUAUGUGGGUGGAUGCCAGGGACCUAGUCUUGGGACACCUAUUGCAGUUUAUGAUCAGACUGUGGAGGGUGGGAAGGGUGUGAAAGGCAUUCCGCUAGAGGAAGGAGUUCCAGGCGAACUGGUUGCGACAGCAGCAUUUCCUAACAUGCCCGUCAUGUUCUGGGGCGAGAACGGCGCAGAGCGAUAUUUCGACGCAUAUUUUGCUCGAUUUGAUGAUGUCUGGACCCAUGGUGAUUUCGUCAUGAUACACCCCGCCACGAAGCAAAUAUUUUUCCUGGGACGUGCAGAUGGCGUUCUAAAUCCUUCAAGCGUACGGUUUGGGUCCUCCGAAGUAUACAGCAUUCUCGAGAACGAAUUUGCCAAUGAGAUCUCCGACUCCAUCUGCGUGGGACAGCGUCGACCCCGCGACUCGGAUGAAACAGUCAUGUUAUUCGUGCUCAUGCGUCCCGGCGUUCCAUUUACCAAAAAAAUGGUAGACGAUGUUAAAGCCGCCAUCAGAAGCGGAUUGAGUCCUCGCCACGUGCCGAAAUAUGUGUUUGAGACCCCGGAGAUUCCGGUAAGUAUACCCCAAAUCUAUUUUGGACACAUUGAAGUUGCAUGCUGA